UAUAUUCAGCAGAGCGAGCGAGCUUUGACCAUUCCCCAUAAAGUUGUAUCAUCACUUCCCAUUAUGUCUAUCACCAUGAGAACCGUUUUCAAAGGGUUACUUUUGUGUUGUGUUACUAUAGCAGCAUGGGAGUUAUAUGUAUUCAGGGAUUCAUUAUCGUCAGUUCUUGACUCAGUCAAACCAGUUGCUGCUAAUGGGUAUCAAGCUGGUGAGAACCGGCGCACAGUCAUCGUGACUGAAUCAAUAGGGAAUAUUACCACAAACAAGUCUGGUAUAAAGGAUGCUCGUGACCCAAAGGGAUUGGUAGUGAUGUCUCGGGUUCGUGACCAGAACCCAAAUGAACAGAAGUUGAAUGAGACGCUGGCAAAUGCCACGGACUCUGAUAGGAUGACAUCACAUGUGCAGUCAUCAAAGUCAGAUGAAACAAACAUUGAAUCGAACGAUCACCCAAAUGAUCAAAGAAAUAGGGCGACCACAAUACCGAAGAACAAUGAAGAAAUAAAAGUAAAUUCAAAAGAUCGAUUAUAUCUAUUCCCAUUACAUUACGAUUACAAUGGCCCAAAUGUGCAAUACGGUUCGUUUAUGCGAGGAGUGGCGUUUGCACUGGCAUAUAAGAGAACGGUUGUAGAAAAUUGGUUCCACACACAUUGGACGUCGGGAAGAAAGCUGAUGAAAUAUGUGAAUGAAACCUUCGACUUAGGAAAGCUCAAACAAUUAGUUGAUGUGGCAACUGUGCAUGAUUUUAAACGCGAUUGCAACAGUACAGUUGAAAGAUUAUUAAUGCAUCCGUAUUAUCGAAUGGGAAGCACCAAAACGAAAAAUGACUAUCUGCAACGCUACGCGUUCAAGAAAGAAGGUCUUGAAAAAUAUUAUGGAAUAAAAUUGCCCGAUAAUUCACAUAUUCCCGAGACUAGUGCCCAGGCGGAGGAGCUGUUGUUAAAUCCACCAACGACGCGAUGUUUGGGAGUAUUAGAUCCAAACAUAGACACCCGAUGGGAAUUUCCUGCUCUCAGGCAACAGUAUUAUAAAGUAGACACCCAUUUUGUAUCACCGCCAAUUAUAAACAAAAUUGCUGAUGAUGUGGAAAAGAAAUUAUGCGAUGGCGAUCCUUUCAUGGCAUUACAUUGGAGAAAUAGAACAGGCGAAGUAUGUGGUCAUCUUACGAGAGAAUGUGGAAAUAUUCCACGAAUUGCUGCUGUCAAUAAAACCGCCGAGGUGGCCGCAAACGAUAUACUUAAAUUGAUGCAAGCUCGAAAUUUGACAUGCCUCUAUGUCGCUGUGCCAUUUUUCUCUGUGACAAUGAUCACAAUACUGAAAAACGCCAAGAUUCCUCGAGUAAAAAGUUUUAGUGAUAUAACAACUCAAGAUUAUCCAGAUAUUGGACAAAUAAAAUACGAUGGUUACAUGGUAUCACGUUUGGAGCAGGAAAUCUGUGCCCGGUCGUCCACAUUUGUUAGAACGUCCCAUUCGUCCUGGUCAGCUUUUGCGGAUCGGUGGCGUGUAAUUCAAGGAAAGGAAAGUCUUGGUUUAGAGACAAUUGUUUCCUGGAUUGCACCAGGCAGUAUAGGAUCGGGACUAGAGACUGACACCAACCCCAACCAACCAUCAGGAAAACGUUAUCUGUUUCCCUUGCAUUGCGAUAAUAAUGGACCGAACGUUCAGUAUGGUGUAUUCAGAAUGGGUAUUGCUUUCGCCAUGUAUUACAACCGCACCGUGGUAGAGAACACGUUCGGCGGACACUGGACAUCGGCCCAGGCCGGAGCAGAAGUAGUUACCAGAAGGCGCUUUGUCAAUGAAACAUUUGAUCUUCCGAAGAUUCAAAAGUUAGUCGACGUUGCGACCGUGGAAGAGUAUCAAAGGGAAUGUAAUGGUGUAAUCGACAAUGUACUCAUGCACCCUUUUAUCAAAAAGCCCAGUCUAGAUGAAUACAGCGCCAUCUACAGUAGAAAACGAGGCUGCCUCCAAACGCGUUACGGCGUCAAGAUGCCUUUCCAAAUACCACAGACUCGAGAAGAAGCAGAUGCUCUCAUGAGUAAUCCCCCAGACACUAGGUGUCUUGGGAUUUUUGGACCAGGUCUAGACACAAAGUGGGAGUUUCCUGGGCAAGAUAAAUAUUUACGAACUGUUGAUCAGCAUCUUCAAAACCCGCCAAACAUAAUGAAAAUGGCCAAAGACGUCGGACAGAGAGUAUGUGAUGGCGACCCAUAUAUGGCAUUACAUUGGAGAAAUAGAUCAGGAGAGACAUGUGGGCAUGCUGCAUGGGGUUGGAAGUGUGCCGAUAUUCCAAAAGUUGUAGCUGUGAAUCUGACAGCGGAGAGCGCUGCCAUAGACAUUCACGAGUUGAUGAAAAAGCGUAAUAUUUCGUGUAUCUAUGUAGCACUGCCAUCCUUCUCUGGGUCCAUUUUAAAAAUACUGAAAGAUGCUAAUAUUGCUCGUGUGAAGAGUCUUGUUGAUAUCACCACCGAUGAGUAUCCUGACAUAAUGAAAAUUAGCCAUGAUGGUUAUCUAAUAUCUCGUUUGGAACAAGAAAUAUGUUCCCGAUCCAAAGUGUUUAUGGCUACACUUUUCUCAUCUUGGUCACGUUUUGCUUAUCGUCUUCGAGAUUCACUUGGACUGGAAACCCAAAUAUUACACAAUUUCGUCAGGUGGAAGGCACCUGGUGUGAGUCUGAAACGAAAAUAA